AUGAAAGUCUCCAGACGAAUUGACGGGUCGAUAUGCGGCGCGAUCCUCUUUUUGCACCGCCCGUCGUCGUCAACGUCGUCGACCUGGCAAUGGCAGACCAAUAUCUUACCUGCGUGUUAUAACCAUGGCGGAGGGUCGGGGAGGGGUUUUCUGAAUCAUCACCACCGCUCGACAGCCCCGCUUCACUAUGCCUUGACCCUCCCGACCCUCCGCCGAUUCUCGACCAUCCGAUUCUGGAGCUCCUUCCGGCCGUCGUUGGCUUAUUUAGCAAAGAGCAACACCGCGAGAGCUACACCUCCAGCACCGGCCAACGACGAAACGUCACCUUUGUGCUCCGAGCCAGACCCAGGGUCAGAAACAGUCCACCCUCCACCAGGCCACUCCAAAGAAGAGCUCCUCGCCCUCGUCGACCCCUACGAUGGGGAACCCAUCGCGCCUCUGAGCGAUUAUGUCGAGUUGCACGCCGACCCCUACAUGCGCGGUUAUGCCCAAGCCGACACACCCAAGAUUUCCCUCGCGAAAACCAAAGAACAAGUCGAGUACCCUGCUCCUGACGAGGUUAUCCGCCCCCGGAAUCAACAAGAUGAACAAAUCCUCUUCGAGCUGCGCUUCGCCGUCAGAUACUACCUGAUCAAGCCCGAAAUGGGCGACCUAGACACCGUUUACUCCCUGUACCAGCGCCUCCCCGAACCGAAAAUCCUGCAUCUCGACGCCAACUUUCGACAUCAAUUAUUGAAAGCCCUCGGUCAGCCUCCCAAGCUGAAUGCCAGAUCCAUGAUGCGCUACUUUACUGUGAUUGGCGAUGUCAAAAACAGCGGGAUUGCCCUGACGAGAAGUGAGUGGAACAGGGUCAUUCACUUUGGCAGCAAAUAUGUCGGCAGAAUCACAGAGGUGGAAAACGAGCAGGCGUUGAAGAUGUGGAGAGAGAUGGAGAUUGACGCCGGAAUCAAGGGGAACGAUGUCACGUUCAACAUUCUGUUCACUGUCGCCUGCAAAGCGGGCAAUUUUGUGCUGGCCGAGAUGAUUUACAAGGAGAUGGAGCAGAGGGGGCAUGUGUACAAUCGGUAUCACUACGUCAGCCUGAUUUACUACUUUAGUCUCAAGUACGAGACUGGGGGGAUGAGGGCGGCGUACCGGGAGAUGGUGGAGCGGGGGGAGAUUGUCGACACGGUGGUGCUGAACGCCAUGAUGUCGGGCUUGCUGAGGGCGGGGGAGGAGACGGCGGCGGAUAGGAUAUACGAGAGGAUGAAGGCUGCGAAUUCCGACUUGGGGGAGGUGCCGGUCAAGGGGGGGGUGAUGACGGAGAGGGCGAUCACGCAGGCGUUGAUGAUGAUGGGGAAGUUGGGGAGGAGGUUCCCCGAGCAGAGGGAGAGAUUUCAGAGCAUGGCGUUGACGACGCCGGACCUGCAGACUUAUAGGAUCUUGGUGAACUACUAUGGGAAGCAGGGGGAUUUGGGGAGGGUGGCGAGGUAUGUGGAUGAGAUGAAGUAUUUUCAGAUUCCGCUGCACGGGGCGAUUUUUUUGGGGCUGUUCAAGGGCUUUGCGAGGCACGGGAGGUUGCACAGGAGUGCGUGGUCGGAGAGGCAUUUGGAGGAGAUUUUCAAGGCGCUGCUGAGGGCUGUGGGGGAGAGGGGGGGGGAGGAGGUGACGGGGGUGCAUUUGCAGACUUGGUUGGUGGUUUGGGUUUUGAGGGCGUUUGAUGCUUGCUCGGGGAAGAAGAGGGUGAUGGAGGUUUAUGAUGAGUUGAGGGGACGGUGGGGGGAGGAGGUGGAUGAGGGGUUUGUGGGGGAGGUGCUGGGGGGGAUGGUGAGGAGGGAGUUUGAUUUGCAUGCGCAGAGGAGGGGGGCGAGGUAUGGGAUAUGA